UCCAUUAGUGAGGUGACAGGACACUUCUCUGUCUCUCCAUAUUUUCUCUCUUUCUCGCUCUCCCCCGCUCUCUUCCUCCUUAGCUUCCUUUAACAGCAGGGAUGUAGUCCUCUGCCUCUUUCAAACUUCAGCACCUGCUAUGCUGUGUACUCCUUGUUGACCUCUAUUGAUUCUAUUUAGACUGCUCCUUACUGAGAUAUUUUGCUCCACUUGUUUGAGAGGAUCUAAGAGGACCUUAUUGGGUUUGGAAGUUGUUUGAUUUCUCCCUAUACCCUGGUAGAACUACAGGACCAUGGCCAUGAAGGAGACCAUUCUGCCCAUCAGUGAGGUGUCUGGCCCGGCCCCGUUGCCCUACCCGGAGGUAGUGGAGCUCAACGUGGGUGGCCAGGUGUAUGUCACGAAGCGCUCUACCCUGGUCAGCGUGCCCGACACCACCCUGCACGCCAUGUUCACCCGGUGCCCGCCACGGGAGCUGCCAAGGGACAGCCGCGGGCGCUUCUUUAUCGACCGCGAUGGCUUCCUGUUCCGCUACGUGCUGGACUUCCUGCGAGACCGCCAGCUGGUGCUGCCUGACCACUUCCCUGAGCGUGAGCGCCUGCAGAGGGAAGCCGAGCACUUCCAGCUGGGCGAACUGCUGCGCCUCCUGGGGCCCCGGGUGGGUUCCAAGCAGGGCUCCAUGAAUGAUGAAGGCUGUCACAGCGAUAUUGAGGAGAGCUCACAAAGCAGUGAGUACCCCACAGGUCGUACCUUGACUUCCUCGGACAAGAGGUCAGGGUUCAUCACCAUCGGCUACAGGGGAUCCUACACCACGGUGCGGGACAAUCAAGCCGACGCCAAGUUCCGACGCGUGGCCAGGAUCAUGGUGUGUGGACGCAUCGCCCUGGCCAAAGAGGUGUUUGGGGAAACACUGAACGAGAGCCGGGACCCAGACCGGCCGCCGGAGAAGUACACGUCAAGGUUUUACCUCAAGUUCACCUACUUGGAGCAGGCAUUUGACCGCCUUUCUGAGGCGGGCUUUACAAUGGUGGCUUGUAAUUCCACGGGAACAGCCGCUUUUGUCAACCAGUACAGGGACGACAAACUCUGGAGCAGCUACACAGAGUACAUCUUCUUCAGGCCGGCAUCGAAGAUCGUCUCCCCCAAGCAGGACUGUGAGGAACGCCAGAAGGACAAACUGGGCACCGACAAGGGCAGUGAGAGCGGCACCUCCCUCAACGAACUCUCCACCUCCAGCUCUGAGACCCACUCUGAGGCCACCUCGCCCCAGGACGGCCUCAACUUGGCCCUCCAGUCUGUCUCUCGGCAGCCCAGCACCCUCACCCUUGGGCGGCCCUCCAAGAAGGGCUCGUCAGUGCAGUGGAUGCAGCUGCCAAAUAAGCGACGCAACAGCGAGCUCUUCCAGUCGCUGAUGGGGCGUGAGGGCGGCCUCAGCAGGAAGAAGAACACGGAGAGACCCAGCUCAGAGGAAGAGAUGAAGCAGUGCAUACAGGACUUUAACAACAUCAAAAUCCCACAGGCUUUCCCCGAGCGCAAGCGGCAGUGGCAGUCCGAACUACUCCAAAAGUACGGUCUAUAGGGACCCUUUUCUAUCACCAUGCCACAAGCAGUAGUCAUUUGAUUUGGAUUCCCUCCAUUUGGCUGGUUUUAAGUGCAAUGAUUCAUUAUAAAAUGUCUUCCAGUUCAAAUGAAGUUAAAAGGAUGAUCAACAAACUGUUUUUGUGAGGGGAGGCACAAGGUUAGUAAGCACAUGCAUUUCUGGGGCACAUGUUAAAAGAAGCACAGCAGAACUCUCCUUUACCGGUAUGUUGUCUCUUCAGUUCUAGAUUGCAUUGGAGAUUACAUUUGAAACAAUAUGCCUAUGUGAACAGUAUAUGACUACUGUACAUUUGUCCAGUUUAUUAGGUACACCACCCCGUUCACAAAAAUGGUUCGCUCCUACAGACAGCGAGUCAGGUGGCUGUGGCUGUGGCAUGCUAUAUAAAGCAUGCCGACAUGCAAAGAGGCAUUCAGUUACUGUUCGACUGAAAGUUAGAAUGGGCAAAAUACAGCUGUCAGAUGUUUUACAUACGCCUUAGUCAAAUACAUUUAAACUAAGUUUAUCACAAUUCCUGACAUGUACUCCAAGUAAGAAUUCCCUGUCUUAGGUCAGUUAGGAU